CUGUGUUAAGGAGUAUAUCCCUAUAUUUCCUUGAAUUAUAUCAAUAUCUUUGGUUAUUGUUACCGGUUAUCGGUUGUAGCAAUUGUAUUGUUCUUGUGGAUUGGCUAAGUUACACGGGUUGUGUAACAAUUGGUAUCAGAGGCUCACGAUUCUAGCCUAGCUCUAUGGCAUAUUUAGCUUUCAGCGCCUUGUUUCCAGAUCGCUAUGCUUGUCUGAGGUCGAAUUCCAUCUCUCAAGUGCAGUUGGAGUUGCCUAAAUUCAAUGGACCAGAUCCCCUAGCCUGGCUUUGCACUGCCGAGUUAUUCUUUGAAGAACAGCGCGUGCCCUUGAAUGAUAGACCAAUUGCGGCACGACGAGUCUUCGAGGGUGAAGCCUUAGAAUGGUUCAAAGUGUUGGAAAAAUAUCAUUGUCACCGUGUCUUGAACGACUGGGCACUCUUCAAAGAAGCCAUUCAUCGUUGCUUUGGUUACAGGCCAUUAUUUGAAGAAUCGAUAGUACUGAAUGAAGAUGAAGGGUAAGUGAUGGACGAACCGAUGGUAUCGACUGGAGACGAAGAGUUAACAAACGGUAGAGUUGGUGACCCAACCACCGUGGUUGAUGUUGAGUUGCCGGUUGCGGCCAAGAGCCGUGGAGCUGAUGUUGUACACGAUUGUCCCCUCCUUGACAUGAAGCAAAAGGUAAUCGAAACUUUUGAUUUACAUUUGGCUGUGAGGUUGGUUGCUGGAUUGUAGGAUGUUAGUGCCAUACCUGGAUUAUUGGCUUGUGCACACGAUUUGUAUGUGAAAAUGCUUCAACAAGAACUGUGCUCUUCGACUCUUGUGGUAGAUGCAGUUUUAAGUAGGGGGUUUUGUGAAGAGCGACUUCGAUUGAAAAUUGUGAUUGGAAGGGUUUAUGAUCCGGGUGGUCCUGCGAUGAAUAAUUCUGUAAUUGUAGUGUUGAAUAAGCUUGACAAAACGAAAGAUGUGACAAAGUUUGAUAAUGGAAAGGAAAUAUUGACCAUAAUUUUGGAACUACAAGAGGAGACUUGGAAUGCUUAUAAGGUGUUUGAUCAAUUGCUUCCAAAAGGAACCAGUAGCGAAAAGAAUUUAGAACAUCAGUAUUUGAAGGGAGAACAUAUGUUCAUCAUGGCUGAUUGCCAUAUUAAUGGUUAUCAAGUAUUGGGUAGAUUGUUUGACGGUUGGAAAGAAGAGACUGAGUUGGUGAAAGGUGAAGUGGGUUUCUUGCAUUUGGCAACUCAUUCAAUGACACAAGGUGCGCUCCCAGUGGAGCAAUCUAAUUUGAACAUGCCUAGGAAACAAUCUAGUGUCUCAAUGGGUGGCACAACUUCUAUAGCUACAGCUAUUCUUGAUCAGUCCAUGAACUGGAGUACAAUAGAAAGUGUGGAGGUUGAGAAUGAAGGAAAUGGUUCAACAAAUUCACAAACAUCACGAGAGGCACUAGUGUUCAUUGCUAUUGAUGCCAAUCAUUUUCCAUUUGAUCCUGGUGGCUCCAAGAGUCUCAUUGUGUGGGAUUCUCACCUUGUGGACAAGGUGUUUUGAGGGGGAGGAAUUGUCACCAACCCUGGUUGAUGGGCUGAGUUGACUUGGGUCUCACCUAAUAGGCUUGGGCCUAGUCUAGCGGGAUGGAUUGAUGUUUGAGCAU